AAACAUGAGUGGAAGUGGUUGUCUUAUCCAAUUCCCUCUCAUGAAACAACACAACUUGGUCACAUGAACACCAAACUACAUUGUUGAACAAAAAAUGGUUGAGGCUAUGAUGAGUUUCACCUUAUCCAAGCCCAUAUCUCCACUCCACUCACUAAAUUCAAACACCAUUAACAACAACUCUCCUAAAUUAGUGCUUAAACCAUGUUCAAUCUCCAACUUCGGCAACAACCAGGUUGAAAAAAGAGGAAGGGGUAAUGCUGGGAAAGUAAAAGUUAGUUUAGCAGAAUGGCCUUUGAUGGCAGUUCUAGUUGAGCAUGUUGAAGGACAAAGAGACCUCAUUACCCACAAAUCAAUUUGGCAUCUUAGUGAUGCUGCCAUCAAGAAUGUUUACCUUUUCUAUAUGAUGUUCACUUGUUGGGGAUGUUGUGUCUUUGGUGCUGCUAAAGAUCCAUACUAUGAUUCAGAACAAUAUAGGGGAGAUGGAGGAGAUGGAACUGGGCACUGGGUCUAUGAGAAGCAAGAAGACAUUGAGGAAGCUGGAAGAGCAGCAUUAUGGCGCGAAGAGCUAAUUGAAGAGAUUGAGCUUAAAGUUGGUAGCUUAAGAGAGUUGGAGGAUUCUGCUCGCAAAGAGGAGCUUCUUAAAUGAUCUUUUCUUAAUCUCUUAAUUCUGCAUAUACUGAUAUACGGACUACUUCGUAUUAUGUACAUUGUAUCCUCUUGUUUCCAUGUAUAAACGUAUAAUUCUACGCAGUAUUAUGUUGAGAUUUCACUGAUUAAAACUUUGAUAUA